AUGAAACUCUCCUUCAAUCUGCCCCCGAAAUCGAAAUCCUCUUCGAAGCCAAACCCUAUCAACCCCUCCAAUACCUUCGACGCCGCCACCGCCCGCCAAAACGGCGACGUUUCCAAGCAAUUCGUCAAAGAAUUCGACGCCUCCAAACCCCUUAACGACGGCCCCAAAGCCCCGGUCAUCGCUCCGAUCGAAAACGAAUGGCGGCCGCACAAGAAGAUGAAGAACCUCGAGCUUCCGAUCACCGAGCCCGGCGGCCAGGGGCUCAAAUUCGAGCCCGAGUCGCUCUCCAUCGAGCCGGACUCCAAUAUCUCGUACGGCCUCAAUGUCCGGAAGACGUCGGAAUCAGAGAACUCCGGUAACGGUAGUGGCGGCGAGCGGCUGAGAUCCGGCGGCGUGGAGGAGACGCUGCUUGAGAAAUUCAAGAGCGAUUUGGAGCGGUUGUCGGAUCAUAAGGGGAUGGAGGAGUACGAGGGGAUGCCGGUGGAGGGAUUCGGUGCGGCGCUGCUCUCCGGGUACGGGUGGUACCCCGGGAGAGGAAUCGGGAGGAAUGCUAAGGAGGAUGUCAAGGUUGUGGAGUAUACUAAGAGCACGGACCGGCACGGGUUAGGGUUUCAUAAGAAUUCGAAAGAGAGAGAGAAGAAGAAAGAGAGAGAGGAGGUUGCCAAGGAGGUGAGGAUAGUUUCGGGUAGGGAUUAUGUGGGGUCUAGAGGGAGGGUUGUGGAGAGACUGGGGAAUGGAAAGCUGGUUUUGAAGCUUGCGAAGAGGGCGAAAGAGGAUGAGGAAGCGGAAGUUAGAGUGAAUGUGGAUGAUGUUGUGGAGGUUGGUUCGAGAGAGGAAGAGAAGUGGAGGAGAUUGAGGGAGCAGGAAGUGAAGGUGGGGAGGAGUGACAAGCCGAGGAGAGAAGAUCAGAGGAGUUAUUCAACGUGGCUUGCUAGGCAUAUUCGGGUUAGGGUGAUAAGCAAGGACUUGAAAGGUGGGAAAUUGUAUUUGAAGAAAGGGGAGGUAGUGGAUGUGGUUGGACCGAAUACUUGUGAUAUAUCUAUGGAUGGGAGUAGGGAGUUUAUUCAAGGGGUGUCGGAAGAUUUUCUUGAGACUGCACUCCCAAGGCGUGGAGGACCGGUUCUUGUAUUGACUGGGAAGCAUAAGGGGGUUUUCGGCAGUCUGGUUGAGAAGGAUUCUGAUAGGGAAACUGGUGUUGUUAAGGAUGCUGAUACCCAUGUCUUGCUCAAUGUGAAGCUUGAGCAGAUUGCUGAGUUUACUGGAGAUCCUAGCUACCUUGGAUAUUGAUUCAUAGGCUUUUGAUUUUAGCAUCUCAGGGGCUCUUUCUUUGGGAAUUUGUGGUUAAGCUUUAAAUCAAGAUGUGAGACUGAUGGUGAAGAGAUUCCACAUUUGGAUAUUAUGAUAGGUGAUGUUUAAAGUUGCUGUAGUUCACAGAGUAUUACCUAGGUAAGUGCAGAAGACAUCGACAGUGUCCUUGUACCUGUGAUGGUGGGGAGUUGGAUUCUUCUCCUUUCUGUUCAGAGAUGGCCCUUCCAUUUUGCAAUAGUUGUCCUAAAUCAUUCUGUUCUGUCUUGUUUUGUAUUUAUUAAAUAACAGGUUCCUUUAUCUAAAUCUUAGCCUCUUCUUUCUGACUGUAGACAUUUAAUUUAUCAACUUUCAGGGUGUAUAACUUUGGACAUGGAGAGUACCAUUCAUUCAGGUUGAUACCCUGUGUGUUCUUGGGACCCUGAUGUUAAUGUUAGGUGGUGUAAGGGGUAAGUUUUAUAGUUUUCAGAAGGUGUGGACAAAGAAUAGACGAUGCAUUAUUGUUGCACGUGAGAAGUCUAUCUUAUUAUUCCAACAUUGCCAUUUCUACCCCGAAGCAGCUACUCAGUGUCAUUGCAACUAGUUAUCUCUUGUUUCAGAGCGAAAUAUGGAUGUUCUGUACAGAUCUAGUUGAAAUGGCUGAUCUGGGUCCUUAGUUCAUAGAGGUGUACGAAAACUGCAGAAAAUUGGAAUCUAACCAACGAGGUCCAAUAUGUGCCAAUCUGCAAUGAUGCCAUUGCCCGUAGUGAAACAGGCCUUGACAAGGGUGUUUCUGAUGCACAAUCUAAGGCCGUGAUGAGUUUAACUCUGCUAGUUUGAUUGAAAUCUAAAUCUGGGGAAUCUUUCUGUGCUUUACUUUGACGGUUUGAAGAUUUCCCGAGCUUGUUAGUUUAUGACCUUAUGGAAGGCGUAGGAUAGAGGUUGUGAGAGGUAAAAUACAUAGUGUUGGUGCAACACUUACAUUUUGUUCUCUGUAUCUG